CUCCAGUCUCCACACUUCGCGCCAUUUGUACUACACUCUUUAUUAUUAAUGAAAUAAUUACUUUCUCUCUAGUGAAAUAUAUUGUUUUAAUCUAUUUGAAAUUGUUUUUAUUUUUUUUAUACACAUAUUUAUAUAUAUUUAUAUAUACAUUUUUUUCUGUGAUACAAAUUCCAACCAGUUCAUUUGCAACUAACUGUGAGCAUGAAAACCUGAGCCUGCGUUGGAUCCAAAUUGACUCCAGUUGAGACACCCACCACCUAUUCCAACUUGUCUCAACGUUUGUGAUCCUGGCUGAACCAAACAUGGAUAGCGGAGGUGAAGAGAAUGAAACUGAAUUUCGGAAAAGUGUGUCGACCGAGAGCUUAAACUCAUCAGGUCCUUUAGAGGAUGCUUCCACCCCAAGCGAUGAAAAUAAAUGCAGCAUUUGCAAUAAUGAGUACGUGGCCCCUCGGUUACUUGCGUGUCUCCACACGUUCUGCGAAGCAUGCAUUGGCAAACUCUUGAUGAACAGUGGAGGAGAUGCUGCCAACUUAUCAGAAGAUCGUUCUCUUGCGUGCCCAGAAUGUAAUCAUAUCACUAUGGUCAGUAUUAAUGGAGCUUCCUCUCUGCCUUGCGACUAUGUUUUGACGAACAUGUUGGAUAUAGCUGCUAUUCAGAACUCUGACAUUGGUUGUUCAAGUUGCAUAACCAAAGAAAAAGCAGUCGCAAGAUGCUCUGAUUGUGCUCAUUUCCUAUGCCCCAACUGCGAAAACGCGCAUGAGUUCAUGCGAUGUUUUGAAAAUCACCGUGUUAUCAAGUUGGAGGAAUUAAAGAAAUCUGCCGAUCUUGCAACCAUCCACAAGCCCAUCAUUUGCAGUGUUCACACCAGUCAAGUUGUCAGUUCAUUUUGUCACACCUGUCAGAAACUUAUCUGUACGGAGUGUGUCAUCACUCUCCACAAAGCUCCAGAACACAAGUACGAUGGCAUAGCAGAAUCAGCAAAGAAAUCAAAAAAUGAUAUUGCAUCGUUGGUGACCGAAGGCAAAACGAAAAUGGAGCUCUGCGAAGAGACAUCCACCAAGUUAGAAACGGCUCUUGGAGAUCUGGAAACUAUGCACGACACUGCAAAAGGUCUUCUUUUAGAGACAUAUCAGAGCUACAAAGCUGUUUUGGAACAGUUGAAAGAUGAGGCACUCGCUGAACUAGAAUCUGUUCACAAAAAACAAGAGCUUGUGAUAAUGGAAACUUGUCAUAAUGUGGAGAAAUCAAUGGAACAUCUGGAUAGAACUAACAAAUUUGCAGAUACACUUCUAGAGAAAGGAAACUCGUCAGAAAUUCUAGCACUGAAACCACUCAUAGUUUCUCAUCUUUUGCGCCUAAUCAGCACCGUCCCAAAACCCAAGAUCAAAGUUGAGCUUGAGUUUGUUACUGAUAUGAAUCAAUUCAAAGAAGCUGCCAAGGCUGCAUUUGGCUACUUGAAACACCCUGAGUAUCAUCCGCCACCUCCUCCCCCGGCUCCUACGGCACCGAUCUCUCUGCCGCUUCACCCAACACCUCCCCCAACAUCAAUGCCCCCUCCAAUGACCAACGGUCUUAUCAACGGUUCCAUCUCUGUGCCCUCCUCUUCGGUUGCCUCGAGCCCUGUCUCGAUGCCAUCGUCGUUCGAUUCGGAAAUUAAUUUCUCAACCUCCGUGCCACCACCUCCGGCCCCCCUCAGUCUCACCUCCAUCCAAGAGUACAACCUCACGCAGCUGGCCACUCUUGCUGCGGGCACAGAAAAGUCACCGUCACCUCCGAGCAUCGUGCCUGUCUCAGUUCCCGUCCAUCCUAGCCCCAACCCGAGUCCCACGUCUGGUUUUAACUUGGUCGACCUCUUCUCCGGUGAUAUCUCGUCAACAUCCAAUGCAAUCAAUAAUCUUCAAGCUUUAGCAAAACUUGGUUCAGUUGCUUUUAACGAUCAAGAUAUGCCAAACGGACCGGCCAAUGGAGCUCCGCCCGGAAACGCUCUUCUGCCAAUGAAUCGAGCUGCAUCCCCACUAUUGGACAAUCUCUCUUCUCUAACCCUUUCUAAUCCUACAAUGAAUAAUGGAAGCAACUUCCCUCCAUCAGCUCUAACUCCAAAUGGCAAAGAAAUCGUGGCUGAAAUUCCUCCUCCAAUGGGUGUUUUUGCCCAGCAAAUCAGGGCCAAUUCAAAUGCAAAACUGUCCUCUAUGCAAAUUCGAUCGAAAUUUGGUCAGUUGGGGCCCGGCAAAGGUCAGUUUAGCUCGCCACACGGAUUUUGUUUAGGUGUAGAAGAGGACAUCGUUGUCGCAGACACCAACAACCACCGCAUACAGGUCUUUGACAAAGAAGGCAAUUUUAAGUUUCACUUCGGAGUGCCUGGUAAAGAAGAGGGCCAGUUGUGGUAUCCUAGAAAAGUGGCUGUCAUGAAAAAUUCUGGUAAAUUUGUGGUCUGCGACCGUGGGAAUGAGCGAUCUCGAAUGCAGAUUUUCUCCAAAGGUGGUCACUUCAUCAAAAGGAUUGCUAUCCGGUAUAUCGAUAUUGUUGCUGGAUUGGCAGUUUCGGCUCAGGGUAACAUUAUAGCAGUAGACAGUGUCUCUCCAACUGUAUUUAUCAUCUCAGAACAUGGGAAUCUUAUACACUGGUUUGAUUGCAGUGAACAUAUGCGAGAGCCAUCAGAUAUCGCUAUAAACGGUCGAGAAUAUUUUGUUUGUGACUUCAAAGGUCAUUGCGUCGUUGUGUUCAAUGAGGCUGGUAUAUUCCUGCGUAGAAUAGGCUGUGAAAGUAUUACUAGUUUUCCCAAUGGCAUCGAUAUUUCUGAUGCCGGUGAUAUUUUAGUUGGUGACUCCCACGGCAACCGUUUUCACAUUGCUGUCUUCACCCGAGAUGGUAAUGUUACGUGUGAAUUUGAGUGCCCCUAUGUUAAGGUGUCACGCUGUUGUGGGCUAAAAAUUACCUCCGAAGGGUAUGUUGUAACUCUAGCUAAAAACAACCACCAUGUUUUAAUUCUAAAUACUCUAUAUAUUGUAUAGAAGGUAGACGGAGUGUUUUGGUUUUCAUUCUUCCCUUUUUCCCUCCAAAAUGAACCUUUUAAGAAUUUACUAAUUCAAUUUUAAAGUAAAUUUUAAAUUUUGAUGAGUACACUUUUUUCCCUAAAACAAGAAAAAAAUUGACGUGUUUAAGAAAUCCCAAUAGUCUUAUUGAAA